AUGACUAAUCUUGUGCUUAAGUCUUGUAUUAUUUGCAUUGAGGGUAGAGAGUUAUUGGUUGAUUUGGUGUUGUUAGAUAUGCAUGAUUUUGAUGUCAUUUUGGGCAUGGAUUGGUUGGCUUCUUACCAUGCUAGUGUGCAUUGUUUUGAGAAAGAGGUGGUGUUUAGGCCUCCAGGUGAAUUAGAAUUUCUAUUUAAGGCUUCAUAUUUGCCUUUUAUGCCUCGUGUGAUAUCAUGCAUACAAGCAAACUGCUUGCUUAGAAAGGGAUGCCAAGGAUUCCUUGCUAGUGUAGUGGAUUUACAAAGUGGAGAAUUGGAGAUAGGAGACAUUCCCAUUGUGAGGGAAUUUUCAGAUGUUUUUCCUGAUGAUCUAUUUGGGUUGCCCCCGAGAGGAGCAAUAGCUGCGGCCAAGGAACUUAUCAACGAGGCAAUAGCUGAAAAGCUUGACAUAAAGAACUUUUCUUCUUCAAACACAUUUCGAGUCACAGAUUUGGGCUGCUCCAUUGGACCCAACACAUUUUUGGCAGUGCAAAACAUUAUUGAUGCCGUGGAGCUCAAAUAUCAAUCCCAAGGACAUAGUACUCCUGAAUUCCAAGUUUUCUUUAACGAUCAUGCUUUGAAUGAUUUUAACACACUCUUCUCAUCCCUCCCUCCAGAGAGGAAAUAUUAUGCAGCAGGCGUGCCGUGUUCAUUUCAUUCUCCCUUAUUUCCUAAUGCCUCCAUUCACUUUGUUUUCACUUCCUAUGCUGUGCAAUCUCUUUCUCAAGUACCAAAUGAGGUGUUGGACAAAAGCUCUCCUGCUUGGAAUAAAGGGAGGAUCCACUACUCAAAUGCUUCACCCAAAGUUUUUGAGUCUUAUGCAGCUCAAUAUGCCAAGAACAUUGAUUGCUUUCUAAAUGCUAGAGCACAAGAGGUUGUAUGUGGAGGACUUAUGGCAAUAAUCGUCCCAUGCCGCCCAAAUGGACCCCCUUAUCCACAAGAUACGAUUACAGAAACCAUGGAAUCUUGCUUGUCAGACAUGGCUAAGAAGGGUAUCAUUAGUGAAGAGAAAGUGGACACAUUGAAUUUACCAAUAUAUUUUGCAUCUCCCCAUGAAGUGGAAGCAGCUGUGGAACGAAAUGGAUGUUUCCGCUUAGAAAAAAUGGAGAUUCUACCUCAAGAAAAACCGAGUGGCAAUUUUUCAAGAGGCAUGGUGUUGUCAUCUCUAAUUAGAGCUGGCAUGGAAGGAAUGUUUAAGAACCAUUUUGGAGAGGAGAUUAUAGAUGAGUUCUUUGAUUCAUUUCACAAGAAACUUGAUGAAUUGUCCAAAUUUGAGUCAGGAAAUGGAGGUAGCUUGUUUAUUUUACUCAAACGCAUAGCAACCAGUUAG